CCGCUGCGCCCGCUCGGGGCCGCUCUGGCCCCCGCCCGCUUCAUGUUGCCCGGCCCGCGGCGGCCGGCGGCUGGGAGCUGCGAGACAGCGGCGGCGAGUGGCGGCCCGCGAGGCCCGGGAGGUGGUGGCCGAGGCCCAGGCGGCGGCGGCGGCGGCCCAGGAGGCGGCGGACGGGGAGCGGCGGCAGCAGGCCCGGCCCGGCUCUCGAGCGGCCGCCUGGCUGCAGCAUGCGCGCCCGCCGGGGGCUGCUGCGGCUGCCGCGCCGUUCGUUGCUCGCCGCGCUCUUCUUCUUUUCGCUCUCGUCCUCGCUGCUCUACUUCGUCUAUGUGGCGCCCGGCAUAGAAACAGGGUCUCUUACUCUGUGGCCCACGCUGGAAUGCAGUGGUAUAGUCUCAGCUCACUGCAGCCUUGACCUCCUGGGCUCAAGCAAUCUUCCCACCUCAGCUUCCCAAGUAGCUGGGACCACAGUGAACACCUACCUCUUCAUGAUGCAAGCUCAAGGCAUUCUGAUCCGGGACAACGUGAGAACAAUCGGUGCUCAGGUUUAUGAGCAGGUGCUUAGGAGUGCUUAUGCCAAGAGGAACAGCAGUGUAAAUGACUCAGAUUAUCCUCUUGACUUAAACCACAGUGAAACCUUCCUUCAAACUACAACAUUUCUUCCUGAAGACUUCACCUACUUUGCAAACCAUACCUGCCCUGAAAGGCUCCCUUCCAUGAAGGGCCCAAUAGACAUAAACAUGAGUGAAAUUGCAAUGGAUUACAUUCAUGAACUCUUCUCCAAAGACCCAACCAUCAAGCUCGGAGGUCACUGGAAGCCUUCUGAUUGCAUGCCUCGGUGGAAGGUGGCGAUCCUCAUCCCCUUUCGGAACCGCCACGAGCACCUCCCAGUCCUGUUCAGACACCUGAUUCCCAUGCUUCAGCGCCAGCGCCUGCAGUUCGCAUUUUAUGUGGUUGAACAAGUUGGUACCCAGCCCUUUAAUCGAGCCAUGCUUUUCAACGUUGGCUUUCGAGAAGCGAUGAAGGACCUGGAUUGGGACUGUUUGAUUUUUCAUGAUGUAGAUCACAUACCAGAAAGUGAUCGCAACUAUUAUGGAUGUGGACAGAUGCCAAGGCAUUUUGCAACCAAAUUGGAUAAGUAUAUGUAUCUGCUUCCUUAUACUGAGUUCUUUGGUGGAGUGAGUGGCUUAACAGUGGAACAGUUUCGGAAAAUCAACGGCUUUCCUAAUGCUUUCUGGGGUUGGGGUGGAGAAGAUGACGACCUCUGGAACAGAGUCCAGAAUGCAGGCUAUUCUGUGAGCCGGCCAGAGGGUGACACAGGAAAGUACAAGUCCAUUCCUCAUCACCAUCGAGGAGAAGUCCAGUUUCUUGGAAGGUACGCUCUGCUAAGGAAGUCAAAAGAACGGCAAGGGCUGGAUGGCCUCAACAACCUGAACUACUUUGCAAACAUCACAUACGACGCCUUGUAUAAAAACAUAACUGUCAACCUGACACCCGAGCUGGCUCAGGUGAACGAGUACUGAGAGGAGAGAAUGUACGUUUGCUUUACCCACCACCACCAAGAAAGCAGUCUGAUGAGAUUUUUUUUGGGGGGUCUACACAGCAAGAGAACAGAAAUACAGUGUCUCAUGAAGGAUCACAGGGUUUGGGGGAAAAUGUGACCGCACACGCACAAACGCCUUCACUGGAUCGGCUGCUGGGACCGAGGGAGUGAGCUUGGGGACUUCCUUCGUCAGCACUGGCUUUCUAUUUUCACAAGACAGACGUCUGUCCCGCUGCUCUCUCCCCGUCUCCUACCCCACAUCCUGUCUUAGCCACAGGCUCCAGAACCCGUGAUGAACUGUGAUCUGCCGUGGUCCUGCCGUGCAGCCUGUCCCUACGUGUGACCUUGCAGCCUCUUGGCCUUCAGAGCAGAGGCAAACCCAGCACAGGGCAGCUGUGUUUUAGGAAGAGCAAAUGAAACUCCACACCAUUCUUCUAUAUCUCUGGUGUUCUCUUUGGUUUCAUUUUUUUUAAAAAAUUACCUUUGGGUGGGGAUUGAGGGUGGAGGGGAGGGUGUUUGGGAAAGAUAAAUAGACAUAAAUAUAUAACAGUCACUUCUUGAAGAAGUAUAAUUGUAAAUAAGCCAUGUAAAAUGCCUUUUUAAAAUUUAAUUUCUAGGUGGCUCCAGUUCAAACCUAGGGUUUAUAUAUUAGACCAUUUAUUUGGUUGGCAAGUGCAGGAACUCAGUUAAAAUGCAGUUGGAGGAUGUCAUCUCCCGAAUGGCUGUCACCUUGGGAAGGGAGUGGAUAUAGGGCACGUCACAAAAGAACAAAAUAACUCGACCUUUAUUGCCGGGAGCUGGCUUCUGCCCCUUUCUUUCUCCCCACGAGUCUUGUCCUUGACUUCUGCUCUGGAUUCACUCUUCCCAGUUGGCCACGUUCGAGGUCAUCCCAUUCUCGGCUAAGCGGGAGGCUGCUAUUAGAGCAGGCUGCUUCCUGCCCGAAGCAGGCCCUCCGGGGCUCGCUGCACACACAUGCCUGGCUCUCCAGGCUUCAUGUUUAGUCCUUUAAUCAGCAUGUGGUUUGGGAGGGGGGUUGUAUGGGAACCCCUCCCCCCCUUUUUUCUCUGUGGAAACUUGGCCACAGUUUCUGAACAAUGUGCCUACAUUACCAGCUGGCUUCAGUGAUUCCUCUGUUUCCCUUUUGGUUUCUGGAAAGAUUCUUUGUCAACAUUAGUAACUGAUACAGAGAACCAAGGAGCACUGGAGUAGGAAAGAAUUCAGCCAGGGAGCCGGUGACACUUGUGUGCUGUGGGGCAGCUGGGAUCCAGGAAAGACUGGAUGGAAGCUCUGAAAUUAGACCAACAAAGCUCCAGAUGGCAAGAGCCCAAGUGCACUGCUUACACCCCCACCUGCAUUUUCAAGUCAUAUUCUUUUUUUUUUUUUUUUAAAGACAGCGUCUGGCUCUGUCACCUGGGCUGGAGUACAUCGGCACCAUCACAGCUGACUGCAGCCUCCAUCUCCCAGGCUCAAGCCAUUUUCCCACCUCAGCCUUUCAUGUAGCUGGGACUACAGGUGCACACCCCCAUUCCUGGCUAAUGUUUUGUAUUUUUAGUAGAGCUGGGGUUUCGCUGUGUUGCCCCGACUCCUCUCAAACUCCUAGACUCAAGCAAUCCACCCAACUUGACCUCCAAAGUAUUGGGAUUACGGGCAGGUGUGAGCCAUCAUGCCCAGCCUUGAAGUCAUAUUCUAAAUUGGAUUUGAAAUUGUACCUCUUUGUUUUUCUCCCGAACCAAACCCCUCAAUUUGUAGUCCCUGUCCGCUUCUGCAGAAAUCUGGAAAAUGCCAGUUUUCCUCUUGCCCUUCUUUUCCAUACAACAUAUUUAUAUAUUGUGGUGAGGAGUACUUUCUGAAGAGUACUUCAUAUUUUUUUUUUUUAAUUGCCUUGUUUGCCUUCAACUUCCUUGAUUUUCAUGGUUUACAUGGGUGUGUGUAGGGGGGAGUGUGUGUGUAUAUACGUGUGGGUUAGGGCUUUUGUGCUGCACGUGGUGGUUCUGUGGACAUAUGAUCCCCGCAAACUGUGGGAGUGAUUGGCCAGGACUUGUUUUCAUGUUUGUGUUUUCUUUUGAAGAAUACAGUGGUAUUUAGAAAAUAAAUUGCAUUGCAAAGCUCUUAUCGGCUGGUAUGAGAGAGCAGGCUCCUGCCCUUGAAAAUGCUGGUAAGCUAUAGCAGAUGUUUUUUAAAACUUUUAAGCAUUUCAUGCUUUAAAAUACCUUCACAAGGGAACAUUACACCCAGAGGUUCAUUUGGUUUUCCUUUGUUUUAGGGUGCAUCUAGCAAUAAAGGACCCCCGACCCCAUUUCGCCCUCCACUGUGCAACCCCACCCCCACCGGACCUUUGUCCCUGCCUCAGCUUUUCUCCCCUUCUCAUUCUCCUCUCCCUUUUCCUCACUGAAGGCUGUGAGUUGCUUUCAUUGUGACAACACUGUGAUGUCAUUUGGAAGGAUUUGCCAGUACAGACUGAUUCUGAGUUACAGGCAGCAGUGUUGUUUGAAGCUCUACGUUACCGUAAUUACUAUCAAGUACACACUGUUGGCAAAAGACUAACACCUGACUUUUAAAAUGCUGAUUUGAGAACAAAAGGAAAGGUCUCUUUUCACUGCUUAAAGUGGGGUCCAUCGAUACCCUUGCGGUCGCAAGUCUAUCUGAUGAGUGUGGAAUCUCUGAAUGUAACUGUCAUGCAUCCACCGGGCCUUGAAUAUUAUGUGGGAAAUGUCAUAGUUAAAAACGUACAGCGAGGCCCGUGUGCUGUUAAUAAACGUGGAACUGUCAUGUUUAAAAAAAACAGGAACCAAAUGUGACCUUGUGCAUAUGUUGACAGCUGAAAAUCUUUAUGGCUACUGAUGGGUGGCCCCUUAAAUUAAUCUUGUCUUUGAUUGCUGUGUGCCGGGAAAGGUGUCCCUGUUGAUGCUGUUUUUGGGGGAAAGGGGGUACUUGCAAGAAUACUCAUUUUGACAUAAUAGGUCCUCUUGUCAGAGAUCCUCUACCACAGACAUGAAUAGCUGAUCAGCAGCCACAUGGAUUGAUUGUAUCCACCACCAUUGACAAUAGCAUUGAGCAUAGCUAGCUUAUUUCCAUCCUAUGUGUUUUUGAGCUCGCUCUUAUGUUUUAAGAGGUGCCAGGGGUACAUUUUUGCACUGAAAUCUAAAGAUGUUUUAAAAAACACUUUUCACAAAAAAUAGUCCUUUGUCAUUACAUUAUUUACUCAUGUGUUUGUACAUUUUUGUAUGUUAAUUUAUGACUGAUUUUUUCAGUAAAAAAUACAUAUUCAAGAACCAAACCUUGGUGGUGGUUUCUUUUUGUCUAGGACAGGUGGGCUCCUUGGGUGGGGUCUUUUCCUUUUUUCUUUCCUUUCCUACAGGAGUUCAACUUCAGGCAGUUCAGCUGAGCUCUGGGUCUUGCUGGGGUAAAUACUGCCUGACCCAUUUUGCAGGUGGGUGGGCUGAGUGAACAACUGCGUGGUGUGACAGAAGCACUGCUCCCAGGGUGCUGCCAGGGAACGCCCACACAGGUUUUCUUUCAGGAAUCACCCAGGUGGUACCAAUAAGACAGUUGGGGAAGGGGACUUGGGGGUGAAGGGGAUGGUGAGGGUUGAUGGAGUUUGAUUCCAAAAGGUUCUCUGGGAUCAGUCUAGGGUUUAUCCGCCUGAUUCUGCUCAGAGAUUGUUAUGACUUCUGUGUUGAAUGUUUGCCACUCACAGUAUUAAUAGUGUCAGAUGCUGUGGACACAAUAAUAGAGAAAAUAAGGAUGGGUGGCCUCGUUAAGCUCACAGUUCACUGGCAGUUAUGACUAAAAUUGUAUCCUCAAUACAUGCUCCAGAAGAGGAAGCUGUGGGUAAUGAGUACAUGGAAGGGCAGGCAUCCGGUGGGAAUGUAGGGAAGGUGGGAGCGGGUGAGCUAGGGGAGACAAGGAACAUGGGUGCACAGCUGCAGGACAGGGAGGAAGCCAGUGUGGCUGGAGUGGAGAGCAGGGGGUGAAUAGGGAUGGCCAGCCUGGGAGAUGGGCCUGGGCCUUGCAGUGCAGGGCUUUGCAGGCCAGGGUGAGGAGUUUGCAUUUCAUCCUUAGAGCAAUGGAUUGGAGAGUUUUCAGCAGGUAGGGCUGUGUGAUGCAAUUCAGAUUCCAUAGCAACUGUAAGAGACAUCUCUGACUGCUGGGAAAAUGGGCGGUGAUACAGAAGCAGGGGCGAGGCAGCAGUGGGUGCAGGGACGAUGGAUGAGGGGAGACUGGGAGAUGCUGAGGUCAUGCCCCUAGGACCUGCCAGCAGUGAUUGGCAUGGAGGACUCCACCUAAGCUGCUGGCUUCCCACUUGCACUGAUGACAGGGCCAUUCCCUGAGAUGGGGGCACUGGAGUCAGACCAGAUUGGUGGGGCAGAUAUGAGAUCAGUUGUGACUGCUGAGUUCAGGGAGUUUUGAGACAACUUGGCAGAGAUGGCAGGAUGGGGGACAUGGGUGGACUGGGGAGUCUCUGGGUGGAGGAGGUUAGUGAGGACCCAGCAGUGGAUGAGACUGAUGGGGGAUUGAGAACAAAAAGCACAGAGUGAGAGAAGGCGGCGACCUUGGCCCAGCUUCUGCAGGUUGAGAAAAGGAGGAAGAGUGAGGAGGCAGGAGGGAGAGUGGUCAGCAGCACUGAAGGCAGCAGACAAAGCAACAUAAGAGGAAGAGGGAGAGAGAAACAGUGACUUGGCAAUGGGCAGGUGUUGGAAAUGUGGCAGGACCCGUUUUGCUGACCCGAUGUGGAAGGAGGAGAUAGCAGCAGAGUGUGGACAUCUCUUGGAUUUCCUGGAAAGGGGUAGAAAGAGAAGGUCAGGGCUGCAGGAAGCAUUCGAGGCUGGGGGCUUGGGGGCUGAGAUGGGGUCCAGGUUUUGGUUUUCCCACCAGAGAAGUUUGAGUGUGUUUUUUCUGAACACAGGGAAUGUCUGAGAGAGGAAGACAGCUGAAUAUGUAUAAGAGACCAGGUGAUCGGGUGGGAAUGUUCCUGAACUACUGGCAGGAGAUGAGAUUCAAACCAGAAAAACUCAACAGGAGGAAUUGGGAGCUCGGUAUAGGCCAUCCCUUUGGCAGACACACAUCCGGUGAAGUCCAUUGUUGCUAUGGAGAAGGUCAGAGAUCCUUCCAGCCAGCUGCUGGAAUUGGGAUUCAGCAGAAUUGCUUCCUGGCAUCACCACUUCCUCCACACUCAACAUCUUUUUUUAAUUUUGAGGAGGUCCAGUAAUAAACAUAGUUUCUAUUUAUUAAGCACUUGCUAUGUGCCAGGGCCCGUGCUAAGUGCAUUACACAAUGUGAGUUCUCAGCUCUUCGAGGCAGACACUGCCCCUUGUUCUAGAACAGGGCUUCUCCACGUUGCCCUUGACAAGUGGGGGAGCCGUCCUGCUCAUUGCAGGGGGUUCAGCAACACCCCUGGCCUCCUCCCUCUAGGUACAAAUCGAAAUGGAACAGCUACUCUAGACAAACAAGCCACAGCUUGCCUGAGGUCACAAAGCCAGCAACUGAGCCAGCUGGGGGCAUUUUUACCCCAGGGAAGAUGCUCUUAACCCCUUAAGCUGCUUCUGCUGACCCAACUUUUUUGCAUAUAUGCUCUAAAUAGCUUUUGUUCACAGACACACCUGAAAAGUCUUAUAAAAGUAGUGUGAAUAUGUGCUUGCUGGAAAAUAAGUGUAAACCUCUCCUUUCAUGUCAGCAGUUUGGCUGAUGUCUAAAUUUUUUUUUUUUCUUUUGAGAUGGAGUCUCACUCUAUUUCCAAGGCUGGAGUGCAGUGGUGCAAUUGUAGCUCACCUCAGCCUCAACCUCCUGGGCUCAUGCGAUCCUCCCGCCUCAGCCUCCUAAGUAGCUGGGACUACAAGCCCACGCCACCAUGCUCAGGUAAUUUUUAUAAUUUUUGUAGAGAUGGGGUCUUGCCAUGUUGCCUAGACUGGUCUUAAACUCCUGGGCUCCAGCUGUCUUCUUGCCUUGGCUUCCCAAAGUGCUGGUAUUCCAGGUGUUAGCCACCAUGUCCAGCCAUUGGCUGAUGUCCAGAUCUAUACCUGUAUACCUACAUGCAUGCUUAGGAAAACAAAGGCAUAGUUUAAAAACCGUGAGUUGUCGUACAAUUACUUUUGUUUUUUUCUUAAUGUUUCUGGAGACCUCUUUUCCGUGAUUGAAUAAUUUUUUUCAAAUAAAGCUCAGAUGUUACGUUUUUGGAGAAGCUUUGAUGAGCACCCCUGCUUUUCUGAUUGUGGGUCUUGAGAAUUCUCAUUUCAGAAAGGUCCCGCCCAAUACCCUGAAGGAAGGAAUGCAGCACAGAGAGGUGGAGAAGACUGAACAGACAGCCUCACUGGGGUUCUCCACUCAGCCUAUUAGUGUCAGACCAUCCCCUUUUCAUUCAAUCACAUUUCUACACUCAGUCAUGCCUACCCAACGAAGUCCCCAUCAAAGGCUCAAGAGGGCCAGGCCCGGUGGUUCAUGCCCCUAAUCCCAACAUUUUGGGAGGCUAAGGUGGGUGGAUCACUUAAGGUCAGGAGUUCGAGACCAGCCUGACCAAUAUAGGGAAACCCUUUCUCGACUAAAAUAAAAAAUUAGCUGCAUGUGGUGGCACAGGCCAGUAAUCUCAGCUCACUUAGGAGGCUGAGGCAGGAACUGCCUGAAUGCUUGAGGCAGAGGUUGCAGUGAGCCAAGUAUAAUGUACUACAGCCUUGGUGACAGAGUGAGAUCCUGUCUCAAAAAAAAAACGGAAAAAAAGGCUCAGAGAGCUUCCAGAUAGCUGAACACAUGGAGGUUUAUAGGAAGGUGAACAAGAACUGAUCCACAUUCUGGGAGUGUGGCGUGCCCCAACCCUAUGGGGACAGGCUCAGGACCCUUCCAGACCUCACCACGUGCAUCUCAUCUGGCCGUUUACCUGUAUCCUUUAAAGGAGCCUUUGUCUUAAACUGGUAGACGUCAGGAAGUUUCCCUGAGUUCUGUGAACCGCUCUAGCAAAUUAAUUAAACCCAAAGAGCAGGUCGUGGGGACCCCAGUUUGAAGCUGGUCUAUCAGAAGUUCUGGAGACCUGGACUUGGGACUGGUGAGAAGGAAGGGACAGUCCUGGGGACUGAGCCCUCAAUUCAUGUGACCUGAAGCUAUCUUCAGGUAGAUGGCAUCACAGUGGAAUUGGGGGAUGCCCUGCUGGUGUCCACUGCUUGGUGCUUGGGAAAAACACACAUAUUUGGCCAUAGAAGUCUUCUGUGGCCAGCUGAGUUGGCUCACCCUUAUAAUCUCAGCACUUUGGGAGACUGAGGUGGGCAGAUUACCUGAGAUCAGAAGUUCGAGAUCAGCCUGGCCAACAUGGUGAAACUCUGUCUUGACUGAAAAUACAAAAAUUAGCUGGGCGUGAUGGCAGCUGCCUAUAAUUCCAACUACUCUGGCAGCUGAAGAGGGAGAAUCUCUUGAACCUGGGAGGCGGAGGUUGCAGUGAGCUGACAUUGCACCACAGCACUCUAACCCAGGUGACAGAGUGAGACUCUGUCUCAAAAAAAAAAAAAAAAAAAGUCUUCUGUGUUGAUUGUUGUAGUGUGAGAACAGAGGAAAAACAGUUGCUUUUUCUGCUCUCACAGGGGCCAUCUGUAGUCUCUGUCACUCGGCUAUUCAGCUUCUCAGUUCUGCCCCCAUAGCUGAAGCAGCCCCAGAUAACAUGUAAACAAACAGGUAUUCCAAUAAAACUUUAUUUAGAAAAACAGGUGGGUAGCCAUAGUUUGUGAACCUCAGAGUUUGGCUAAAAAUCAAUAGAAAUGUCAACAGUGAAGGAGGAUUACAGAAGCAGGAAGUGACCCAGGGGACUAAGUAACAAUGUGUCCUGGCUAGUUCAUCACUAUGUAACACACAAUAGCAAUAACAUGGAAGGAAAUCAAACCCCCAGAGGACAAAAAGUGGCUGAACAAGCCAGGCUCUGUCCGCACAGAGGAAAAGGAAGUGCCGCAAAGUGACAGAUUACACAGGAACAAGAAACAGCAGGCCUGCAAGUGAAGAAAGGACACACCACAAGAAGGAUGUGCUUCUUAGAACAGAACCCUGGGCCAGGUAAAGAACCAAAUGAGAUGAGAUUCCAGAUGUAGGAAGAGCCAGACACCCUCAGGCUGAACACACUCAGGAGCUGGGUGCUUUUGGCAAUGUCACAUUUCUCUGAUCCUGUUUUCUCAUUUGGAGAAGGGCGACGAUAAGACCUUCCGCACAAGGUUAUCGUGAAGAGGAAAUGCCCCAACAAACAUAAAGCACAGAGCUCAGAGAAGGCAAGCGACUUACCUAAAAUCACAGAGUCAGAGCCAGAAUGGAAGCCCAGGCCCUCUGAUCUGGAGUCUGCCCUCUUCACCGUGGCUCCUGAGUCUACCAAACUCCGGGCAGCUUUGGAUUUUGUGCCAUCUGUGUUUUGUCUUCCUUAAAAUAUCUUUUAGGUGGACUUUCUGCCCACGUUUUUCCUUAACUAAACCUGUUUCUGCACAGAGGAAACUUUAUAUCAUUAGCAGACAUGGAAAACUUGUAUCAUUUAUCAUGAAAACAAUUAUGAAAAUAAGGCUGGGGACCAGGUGCAGUGGUUCACCCCUGUAAUCCCAGCACUUUGGGAGGCCAAGGCCGGUGAAUCACAAGGUCAGGAGUUUGAGACCAGCCCGGCCAACAUAGUGAAACCCCAUCUCUACUAAAAAUACAAAAGUUAUCUGGGCAUGGUGGUAUAGGCCUGUAGUCUCAGCUACUCAGGAGGCUGAGGCAGAAGAAUUACUUGAACCCAGGAGGCAGAGGUUGUGGUGAGCCGAGAUCGCACCACUGCACUCCAGCCUGGGCAACAAAGUGAGACUCUGUCUCAAAAAAAAAAAAAAAAAAAAAAGGAAAAGAAAAGAAAGGCUGGGCAAGGUGGCUUAUUCCUCUAAUCCCAGCACUUAGGAGGUCGAGGCAGGCAGAUCACCUGAGGUCAGGAGUUCAAGACUGCCUGGCCAACAUGAUGAAACCCUGUCUCUACAAAAAAUGCAAAAAUUAGCCAGGCAUGGUGGCACACACCUGUAGUCCCAGCUACUCGGGAGGCUUCGGCAGGAGAAUCACCAGGAGGCAGAGGUUACAGGUUGAGCUGAGAUAGCACCACUGCACUCAAGCCUGGGAGGCAGAAUGAGACUGUCUCAAAAACAAAAUUAUGAAAAUAAGCACAAGAAAUGCGAAAAAUAUCAUGAUAUUCUUGCCAGAUGCUCUUGCUUGUGCAGUCUGGAGUCGAGGGCCUGUGAGAAUUUUGUUAGAAAGAAGAGAAUUAGCAAAGUGAUGGGGAGAUGUUAGCGGCAGGAUUAUUUUUUUUGUUGUUGAAGUGCUCAGAGCAGCGGUAAGAGAAUCCCCGUAGGAAGAACUUCUGCUCUGUGACUCCAUGCCUGGUGGGACCUAGAAUAACCCACAGACCUCAAGGGUGGCAGCAGCUGGGGAGGCCUCUCAGCCCCGGGCCUGAUUCUUCUUCUCAGCUGGCCUGGUGCUGUCCCACGCCCUGCAUCAGAGUCCUUGUCCGUGUUCUCCAGAUGGGCAGGGGGAUCCUGGAGGCAGAGCCAUGCCCUCACCCUCUGCUCUUCACUGGCAGAGGCCCCUAAAGGCAUGGUACACAGCUGGUGCUCAGCCAGGGCUCCAGAGCCAGGGCUGCAGAGAUUCAGCGUUUGGUGGCUGGUUUUAUUUUUUGUUUUGUUUUUAACAGAAAAAUGUUCCCUGCACCACCAAUUUUCCUCCUUCAGCCUCCCGAGUAGCUGGGAUUACAGGCACGCGCCACCAUGCCCAACCAAUUUUUUGUAUUUUUAGUAGAGACGGGGUUUCACCUUGUUGACCAGGAUGGUCUCGAUCUCCUUUUUUUUUUUUUGAGACGGAGUUUUGCUGUUGUUACCCAGACUGGAGUGCAAUGGCACGAUCUCGGCUCACCGCAACCUCCGCCUUCUGGGUGCAAGCAAUUCUCCUGCCUCACCCUCCGGAGUAGCUGGGAUUACAAGCACGCACCACCAAGCCCAGCUAAUUUUUGUAUUUUUAGUAGAGACCCGGUUUCACCUCGUUGACCAGGAUGGUCUCGAUCUCUUAGCCUCGUGAUCCACCCGCCUCGGCCUCUGAAAGUGCUGGGAUUACAGGCGUGAGCCACUGCGCCCGGCCCUGUCCUUUCCUGAAAAUCCUACUGCGGGAAAACGAAGCCCUUCUCCGGCUGCCUGCCCUCCGGGAGAAGCUGCGCCCCCGCAGGCUACAGGGCUCCGGGCUCCUGCCGACGCCCAUUCCCAGCGCGCACCCGGAAAUCCCGAGCUCCGGCCCCGCCUUAGUCGCCCCCUCCAUCGCCCCGCCCCGCUCCACCGCGCCUGCGUAAUGGGCCGUCGGCGCCAGGCGCUGGGCGGCUGUUGCAGUUGGUCUGGCGUAGUGCGCGGCUCCUCUGACUGUUAGGGAGCCGGCGGCCAACGCGGCGAGGGAGCGGGGACGGGGAGGCGCUUUCUGGCUCCGGCUGGGGCCGGCGAGAGCGCGAACGAGCGACGGUGGAAACCGCGGGCCUGUGGACGGCGGCAUCAGCGGCUAGCAGUACAGGGUUUCACCAUGUUGACCAGGAUGGUCUCGAUCUCUUGACCUCGUGAUCCACCCGCCAUGGCCUCCCAAAAUGCUGGGAUUGCAGACGUGAGCCACCGCGCCGGGCCGAAUGUGUUGAAAUUUGCAAUGUGGGACUGACUGCGCAUCCCCUCUGGUUUGGCUUUCUCCAGCAUCUUACGGCAUUGAUAAAGGGAUCAAGGGCAAAGCUGCAGAUACCUGCCCGGUAAGAAAGGAUUGGCUGGACUCAUGGGACAGUGAGGGGCAGGUGAGGUGAAGCCCCUGAGAGUGUGUCCUGAGCGGCCGCCAGAUGUAUGUUGCUGAAAAUGUGCCCUUCGGUAGCUCCACCCGUCGCCUUCCAGACCGCCCCGCAAGAUCCCCUGAAGAGUGUGACCUCCCGUCCAUCCGGCAGCCUCUUUUAUGGGUGAGCUGCAGGAUGAGCUCCGGGGCCCCGAGGACACUCACAUGUAGAAACAGGAAAGUGCUUCCGUGUCUGGACUCUGGGGAAGGUGCCUCCGGGCCAGGGGCUUGUAGCGCUGCCAGAGUCGGAAGUUCUCAUACACGCUCUUGGGGUUGUGGGAGUCGUCCGGUUGGGCCUUGACCUGGGAGGGAGCCUGGCUGCCCUCUCCGUGAGCCCCUUGUGGCCAUGGACAAGCAUUCCCUGGGGCCAUGAUGGGGGCCAGCUGGGGAGCCGGUGGUGGUGCUGGAGGAGGAAGGCCCUGGGACCAGCCUCCCAUGCAGGCCUGGGUGCCCCCAACGAUGUGGGCAGCCAUAGCGGGCACCACAGGGGCAGAUGCCACGGGUCGGGGAGGUGGACAUGCGACGCCCUGACAGACGGCACCUGGAGCCUGCCAGACCAGGGGGGCCCGAGUUAGGACCAAGGUCUGUGCCCGAGGGGCGUUCACAGGCCCCACUGCUGUCAUCAUCUGGCCAAAGACGUUGGAAGCCGCAGUCCAGUUUGGGCCGCGGCCAUCCUGUCCUUCCACCAGGGGAGUCCUGGGGAGGGCGGACAGCACCGGAGGGCCGGCUGGAGGAACCACUACAGUCACGAGGGGCGGCCCGUGGUGUGCUGGGCCGGGAGCAGGUAUGGCGAAGGACAGAGCCAUGAACACUGGCACGGAGGCGCCAGGUUUCUCGGUCACAGCUGGUUCCAGCACUGGGCAUGCUGUGGAGACAAAGGAAAGAGGAGGGUCGCUUCACUACAGAGCCUGGCAUUUAGCCAAGAUUGCACCACUGCAUUCUAGCCGCGGUGACAGAGGAAGACUCCAUCUUGAAAAAGAAACGGUGAAAGAAAACCACUGGAUGGAAAUCUCUCCCAAGCCAGCACCCUGUGAACCCUGAAGAUAACCCAGACGUAUCACAUCCAGCGUGCAAGUGAUUGUUCUGGCACCAUGCCCAGCAAGUGCCAAAUAUGGGUCAGAGUCAGGCUACACUUUGCUCAGUGCUCGGCGGUCCUGGCUGCCAGUAGGGAAGCUCUGUUCCCAGGGAGCAGGUCUGAGAAGCAGUGGUGGAGUUCCCUGAGAUACUGUCAUCAGGUAGCCAACAACAGCAGCAGCGACAGCGGCCCACGACUCACCUCCAUUUGAGGCCAUGUCCUCAGACUAUCUGACAGUUUCCACAAAGCGAAGUCAAGGGCAGGACCCAGAGAGUGACCUGCCUCAACAGACUCUCCUGAGUUCAGGCUGGAGUGCAAUGGCACGAUCUCGGCUCGCCGCAACCUCCGCCUCCUGGGUUCAAGCAGUUCUGCCUCAGCCUCCCGAGUAGCUGGGACUACAGGCGCGCGCCACCAUGCCCAGCUAAGUUUUGUAUUUUUAGUAGAGAUGGGGUUUCACCUUGUUGACCAGGAUGGUCUCGAUCUCUUGACCUCGUGAUCCACCCGCCUUGGCCUCACAACGUGCUGGGAUUAUAGGCGUGAGCCACUGCGCCCGGCCCAGAGCUGAUUUCUUACACGCAGCCCUCUUCCACUGUGCAGCUCACCUCGGUCUUUGCUGAGAAGAUUGAUGGAGAGCAAUUCAAGCAAAAUCAUGGUAAACUUACCAAAACAACAUCCCCAGUAGUGGGGAUUAGAGGUGUGCACCACCACACGCAGCUAAUUUUUUUUGUUUUUUUCAUAAAAGACGGGGUUUCACUCUGUUGGCCAGGCUGGUCUCGAACUCCUGACCUCAGGUGAUCUGCCUGCCUCGGCCUCCCAAAGUGCUGGGCUUAUAGGCGUGAGGCACUGUGACUGGCCUAUUAACGCUAACUUCUCAGUUACUCCUUUCCAUUUCCUCUUUUGUAUUCCUGUUUGCAAACGCUUUGUAUCCUUCUAUCAAGAUCAUCUGUGAUACUGACUGACUUAAUUGGCGUCUCCCCUUUGUUUUACAAGCGAUGGCCAAAAAAUGAGCAAAUGAACAAAGAAUCAUCCAGAUCCAGUUUCCUUCAUCCAGAAGUGUGGUGCCGGCGUGCUCAGGAAGAAGAAAGAGAAUUUCUCUACGGUGAGAAGACGGUUAGAAAAAGCCCCAACGUUACAGACCAGUGGAUCCUGUCCUUCCUGCAGUCUCUCAUUGGCUUCUUUGAGACUGAAAUGGCAGCUGAUAGGCUUUAUGCUGUGGUGCCUCGCCUUGUCAAGUUUGUACCUGUUCUCACCGAUUGGUACAUUAGAGUGAACCACAGAAGAUUAAAGGUCCUGUGCCUGAUCGUCUCCAUACCUGAUGUCAUCUCCUUCAUCCCGUGAAGCAGAGGAUGUUUUCCCUAGGUUACAGAUGAGGCUUCUGAGGUUUGGGACAGAUCAAGUCCUCUGUGCAUAUGGACUUGGCUGAUCUAUCAUUAGGUUCUCCUGUUUCUAUUUUAGACAUCCUUCAGAAUUCUAGAGAUGCUUUGGGUUUUUCUAGGCUAUAGUCCUACAGCUGUGCUUCAGGGCUCUGAGGCCAUUUCUCUUUCAUGGGGCGUGUUUUGUAACCUCAUGUCCAUUUCAGGUGCAUGUUACUGUGUUGCUAACAUGUUGAGUUGUUUCUCAGUGUAAAUGAGGUCAGUUGUUGAUGACUGCAUAUGACUGACAUGAUGUCCUGUGUCUUCAUUACAGGCUCCCUACACUGCCUUUUGCUCACCGAAUUAUGUACCAGAAUCUAAAGGUGCUGAUUGACCCUGUUUCUUUUCAAGACAAGGACACUCUCAGCAUCUACUACCUCAUGGUGCUCCGUGUUCGACUCCUACCUCUACCAUUCAGAGAAGAAUUGAUUGAUAAGAAAACACAGAGUGCAAUACCUCGGAUGCAGUCUGCGAUUGAACUGGAGUGAGUGAUCAGAGACCGCAAAACUAUUCCCAUAAAGUAUCCUUUGAAAGAAAUUGUGGUUAUUCAUCAAGAUCCAGACGCUCUUAAAGAUGUCAAGUCUUUGGAGAAGUAUGUCAUUGAGAAGUUUUCAUGGGCUGAUCUGCUGAGUUCAGCCUGGGAACUGAGGACAACAUCGGAGUCUCACCACACAAGUUUUAAAGAACUCCUAGUGACUUGAAGCUCAGAACUGUGGACGGCAGAGGCUCCCUUUGGACCUGGAAUUCUCCAUCCCUUUCCAGGAAGAGAACAAAGUCCACAAGCACUGGACUCAGCUAUGAUGUGGAAGGAGACCCAGGCAUCUAGGAUCACUGCUCACUUGACUUCCACACUGCAUGCGAUCCCACCCAUGGGCAGGGGUUGUAAAUAUCCAGGAAGCUUCAUUCGCUGCCCCGCCUGCCGCUCACCUCCUGCUGCACUGGAAGAACAGGCUGGCCAACUGGCACUUCCCGAAUCAUCUUCCUGUAAGAUAGCAGGCGUGGUAUGGGGGAAUUGCUCCAGAAGGCACUGUGUGAACUAGAUCAAACCGCCACCCCACUCCUCCAUCUGGAGACCACAAACCUUUCACAUGUGAUUUCUUCUAAAGCUCUAAACCCGACCCUUUCAUAUGUGAUUUCUAAAGCUGUAAACCCAAGACCCUUUCACUUGUAAUUUCUAAGGCUGUAAACCUAAGAUCCUUUCAGGUGUAAUAUCUAGAGUGUAAGCCUAUAUAAAGGCAGAGCUUCUCUUUGUUAGGGGAGCUUGGCUUUUUGGAGAAAACAGAAAGACUUGCUCCCCGGCUGUAAUAAUAAAACCCCUUCCUUUUCUA